CCCGCCUUUGGUUCUUCAGUUCCGGCCAUUUCCCUCACUCUUUCUCGCGUUUCUUGCAGUCGCGGCCGACGGCGCGUUAGCGUUUUCCGGUUCGAUACGCCUUCGUUUUAGCUCCAAUUGCCGCAUUUGCCCUUGGAUUUCCGGCUCUGUUACUCCGAAGGACGCGGCUUGCUAAACGUAAUAUUGCCCUGAAGGCCUGAACCAUUUUUGAUGCUGAGAAAGUCACUUUGUAGAAGUUUCUUCAUUUGAUUGUUGUGGUUGGAGGACAUAUAAUUUUUGUUAAGCAUGAAGGAGGUUGACAAAAGGAAAACUACCAAUACUAAAACCACCAAGCGAUCAGGAAGAACUGAAAGGAGAGACAAUAAGUUGAACCAAGGGACUACUGGCAAGAAUUUGAAUGGAAAAGGAACUGAAUCUAAAGAGUCUCAUGCUAGAACAGACCCUGGUACGUUAGUAAGUGAUUUGAACAUGGGUACAAAGGCCUCGGAAGUUGAUGACAAUGAGGUCAUACAUUAUGUGGAUGAUGUGAAAAAGUUUGGGGAGGCGCCUCAAGAUUUAAAAGCAAACCCAAUGAUUUCCAUAGAAAACAAUGAUGAAGAUUCAGAUGGUCAAUCUAGUGAUUUGGAAAAGGAAGCAAAGCAGGGGAAGGAAGAGGUGUCAGAUUGUGAGACCUUGAAGGAUUCGGUAUCAUCUCAAGGAGAAUCCACUACAUCCGCGGAUGAGAUAGGUGAAAGCCCUUCAAGGGUACCCAAAGUUAUUGGAAGAAAAGAUUCCUCAGAGAGCUCUCAUGGAUCCAGGGAGAGAUCUGGUCAUGAUUUUAGUAAGUCAAAAUCGGAGGAUCACACUCGCAAACAAUCCACAGCGUUACACAAAGGGCCUUCUGGUGUUGCCAGCAAAGGUUCUUCAAAAAAUGAUUCUGGCACUACAGAAAUUCCCAUAAAACCUUCAUCAGAAUCAUCCGAAGUGGUUGAUGACAAGAGUGUCAAAGAGAUGAAAGGAAGUGAUAUGGUUGAUACGUCUUCAAAUGGUGCACGGAGUAUUGGAAGUGACAAUCAAACUAUAGAUGCAGAUGAAAUUGAUGAACAAGAGGAUGUCACAGCUUUGGAACAGAAGGUUGAUGAAAUGGAAAUGAGAAUUCAGAAACUUGAAGAAGAACUGCGAGAAGUUGCUGCUCUUGAAAUUUCCCUGUAUUCUGUGGUUCCGGAGCAUGGGAGCUCCGCACAUAAAGUGCACACACCCGCCCGACGCAUUUCUCGACUUUUUAUUCAUGCUUGCAAACAUUGGACUCAGGACAAGCGAGCCACAAUUGCUAAGAACACUGUAUCAGGGCUUGUUCUAAUUGCAAAGUCCUGUGGUAGUGAUGUUGCCAGGUUGACCUUCUGGUUAUCCAAUACUGUUGUGCUAAGGGAGAUCAUAUCUCAAGCAUUUGGCAGUUCACGUCACUCAAGUCCUUUUUCUAAGUUUGAGACUAAUGGUACAAGCAAGAGAAAUGAUGUGAAGUCUGCAGCACUGAGAUGGAGGGGUAGUCCUGGUAGUAAACAAAUGAAUGGCUUCAUGCAGUUUGCUGAUGAUUGGCAAGAGACAGGAACCUUCACAGCCGCAUUAGAAAGAGUUGAAUCCUGGAUUUUUUCUCGGCUAGUUGAGUCCGUGUGGUGGCAGGCUUUGGCACCACAUAUGCAAUCUCCAGUUGAGUAUUCAUCAAAUAAUAAGACACCAAGGUUGUUGGGACCUGCCCUGGGUGAUCAAAACCAAGGCAGCUUUUCUGUUAACCUGUGGACAAAUGCUUUCCAGGAUGCUUCUCAACGACUCUGUCCAGUUCGAGCCGGGGGGCACCAGUGUGGCUGCUUGCCUGUGCUGGCUAGAAUGGUCAUGGGACAAUGUGUAGCGAGGCUAGAUGUUGCAAUGUUCAAUGCUAUCCUCCGUGAGUCAGUACAUGAGGUUCCUACUGAUCCAGUGUCAGAUCCCAUUCUUGAUUCCCUAGUUCUACCUAUUCCUGCUGGUGAUUUGAGUUUUGGAUCUGGCGCACAACUAAAAAAUUCUGUUGGAAAUUGGUCUAGAUGCUUAAGUGAUAUGUUUGGCAUGGAUGCUGAUGAUUCCCUGCAAGAAACUCAGCUUGGAAGUGGGGACGAUGACAAGCAGAGUGGAGAUGGUGAACCAAAAUCCUUCCUUCUUCUCAACGCCUUGAGUGAUCUUCUGAUGCUACCAAAAGAUAUGCUUAUGGACCGCUCUAUCAGAAAGGAGGUCUGCCCAUCAAUUAGUCUUCCACUAGUUAAGCGAAUACUUUGUAACUUCACUCCAGAUGAGUUCUGUCCAGAUGCUGUUCCAGGAGCUGUAUUGGAGGCACUGAAUGCUGAGAGUAUUGUGGAGCGGAGAUUGUCCGGAGAAUCUGCGAGAAGCUUCCCUUAUACAGCUGCACCAGUUGUGUACAACCCUCCUUCCUCAGUCGAUGUGUCAGAGAAAGAUUCAGAAGCAGGAUCUCCAUUGGAAAGAAAUGUGUCGGCUUUACAGAGGAAGGGAUAUACAAGUGAUGAGGAGCUAGAGGAGCUAGAUUCCCCUCUUACAGCUAUUGUUGACAAAUUACCAUCAUCUCCUAGUUUGACAGCAAAUGGAAAUGGACAUGGAAAACUUGAAGAAACAACAGGUCAUGCCUGCAUGAAUGCAAGGUAUGAUCUCCUUCGCGAGGUUUGGUUUGCGUAAAAGAAGUUUAUGGAGAUCUGUAUCUGUAUUGUUUCCUUAUACUGAAACUAUGGAGAAAACUAAACAGAGAUGUGAAUAAUAUGAAAGGCAAAUAUAAAGACAAUUCAGCAAUUCUGGAAUGCGGCUGUAGGAUUAUAUCGUGUGGAUAGCAAUAGGAUAGGUAGUCCACAUUCCAUCCGCAUCACCGAUACCUCUUAUUCUGUUAUUUCGCUUUUGGUUAGUCGCUUUUGUCUAAAAAAAAGGACGAUAUUCGAUAGAUUUGUUGAAGCCAUAAGGCCUUUGAGUGCUGACUCCAAUAGAUUUCUUGUUUAGAAUACAUAGAGCCAAUGUCUAUGG